GACUCACUAUCACUGGCUCAUGGAGGAAACUACACCUGUACUGCCAGCUACACUGUGGAUGAAGGGACAACUGUUACAACAAGUGACACAGAAAUAUUAAUACCCAUUAUUGCACCUCCAUCUGUGAUGCUCAGAAAGAGUGAAGACACUAUCCUGGUAGGAGAAGAUGUGGUAGUAUAUUGUGAUAUUGGUCUGAUUGGAGUGGUGAGGGGAAGAGAUGUAGCAGUGGAAGUGACUUGGUUUCAAGAGGGAGUCCCAGUGAGACCUGACUCAAGACUCACCAUAUCUGGAGCCACUGGUGAUGUGGGUGGUGUACACAGUAGCCUCACAUUCAGUCCUGUCCACUUCUCUGACAUGGCCACAUACGAGUGUCGUGUUACCCUCACUCCUCUCCUGGGACCUGCUAGUCCUGUCUCCUCUUCUGCCUCCAUCUUUCUCAAUAUCAGUACUAGGAGCAGUUUUGAGGACGUCAUAACAAUCACAACAAUGGAGAUUACUUCAGUGUUUGUCACAGCUUCAGUAGUCCUGGCCACUAACACCAGAAAGAGCAGUGCCAAAACUGCACUACCUACCAUGAACAUGAAAUCAGAAGAUCACACAGAGCUAGAUGGUCGGUCUGGGUCCUCCCUUGCUGUACCAGUUGCUGCUGGUAUUUCAGUCUUCAUUGCUGUUCUUACAGCAGUAAUUGUAAUAAUGUUCAUUUUUCUAAGACACCAGCGUAAUGUUAGGAGGAAGUACUCGUUCAAAGAGGGCAACUUGUCUAUAGCAAGAAAGAGCUAUCCAACAGGCAGUGUAGGGGAGGGCAGUAGUGGGGAGGGAGAAGAGGGAAAGAAUGAAGGAAUUGAAAUGGAGGGUCCUCUCGUGAAUGCGGUGGUGGAUGAUGAAACAUGUGAGGAGGAUGGAGUCCCAAACCAGAUGCAGGAGGAAACUGAAGAUUACUUUCAAGAUCCUACGUCCAUAUUAUUGGCAGACAUUGACCCAAUACCAACUGAGAGAUUCCCAGAGUAUGUGAGGGACAUGCUGUAUGGAGAGGAACAUAAACUGAAAGCAGAGUUCUCGGUGAGA